GUAUGGGUAGGUGUGGUUUCGGUGUCCGCGCGCUGAGCAUGAGAGGGGAGCAAAAUGUAUGGGCGCUGUCCAGCGGGGGAUGCCGUCAGUGUCCGUUGUCGGGAUCUCGGAGGCGUCCGCUUCUCGGAGUCUAAAUAUCGAGAGCUGGCGGAGGAGAGAGAGAGGGUGUUGGCGGACGUGAAGGAGACGGAGCAGCUGAAGGAGGAACUCGCGGCUCUGAAACGACACCUGAAACUUGUCGAGGCAAGAGGCAGCCCAAACCUCUCUCGAGCCACCAAGCGUUACUCGUGGCAACCGUCUAUGGAGCUGGAGUAGACCUCUCCUCCCUCACCCCUCCCUCCUCCUCCACCCCUCACCAUCACAUCCCCACCUCCUCCUCACGCUCCGGAAUCGCAGAACUGAGAAGAAAUAAACUGGAUAAGGUUGUUGAAGAAGAUGAAGUGUCUGGAGUGACUCUAACUGUGUCAGGGGAAGGAGGAGGAGGAGGGAGAGGGAGAUGGAUGAGAGAUAUGGAUCUCGGUGACCUGGCGGACGAGGAGGGAGUGGCAAGACUCUUGAAGGAUCUUGAGGGAACUGUCAAAGAAUGGAAUCAAGAGGAGAGAGUGAGGGAGGGAGAGACGAGGGAAGAAACCAAGUUCCUGAGUUUGAUUCCAAGAUCCCCAGACCAGCCGAAGGCUCAUUCUUCAAUCCCGGUCUCGAGUCCAUGCCGCGGUCAUCUCCCCCGACUAGUAGACGUGGCCGUAAGCUCAAGGCAGAGACGAUGCCGGGAGCCAUGUACCGUGUGUCGCAACCUGCAUCCCCUCCCCCUCCUCCCUCCCUUUUUCCUCCUCCCUCCCUCCUCCCUCCCUCCUCCCUCCCCCCACCUCCUCUUCCCCCGUCCCUCCGCGGGGCUCCAGUGGAGCCGCAUCUCCUAGCAACAGUAGCAGCAGUGGGGAUUCCGCCAACCAGUCUACAAGGUAUUUACACAUCAUUCAAGUCAGUUGAACCUCUCUCUAAGGACACUCCUCAAACGAGGACUCAUCUCUACCAAGGACACCGUUCAGUUUUCCAAGAUCAGUUCUUGCAUCACAUCGUGUCAGUGAUCCCCAGAUGAGAGACAGUGUUGAUUUCGGUGAGCUACUGGAGAAUCAGGAGGACAGAGAAGAAGACAGACAGAGAAAGAGUGAUUUGCUGACGACCGUCCUACAGAGGGGACUUCAUUUCAGUCACUGGGAUACAAUGACUCUAGUGGCGUGGCUGGAGGUGUGGGUGGGUGUUCACUGUACAUCAUGGCCAUCAGGAACUGCAUAGCCAAUGGAGCCAUGUUGAAUAGUCUGACGGAGGCGGAAUUGGAACAGGAGUUUGGAAUCGGCCUGCCUCAGUAUAUACAAGGUAUACAUACAUACACUGUACAUAUAUACACAGUGUGUGUAUAUGUGUGAUUCAAGUUGUUUAUAUACAGUUAAACCUUCUAUAAUGCAGACACCAAUGGGACAGAAGAAAGUGUCCAUAUUAGUGAGGUGUCCUUAUUUCAGGGGUUAAAUUGCACGCAAGAACUGUUCUCGGGGAAAGAAAAGCCUUCUUUUCUCAUUUUAUCUUUUGUAGCUUCUACUUUGUCUAUAUAUCUCUCUC